AUGAGAUUCGGGGAGUUGGAAAGUCUGCGGAAGCGCCUGGAGGAGGAGGAACGGCUACGAAAACAAGCCGAGCAACGACGCGACGAAGCCGAGCAACGACGCGACGAAGCCGAGCAACGACGCGACGAAGCCGAGCAACGACGCGACGAAGCCGAGCAACGACGCGACGAAGCCGAGCAACGACGCGACGAAGCCGAGCAACGACGCGACGAAGCCGAGCAACGACGCGACGAAGCCGAGCAACGACGCGACGAAGCCGAGCAACGACGCGACGAAGCCGAGCAACGACGCGACGAAGUCGAGCAACAACGCGACGCAGCUAAACACCAACUGAGGCUUCAAACCCAGCAGACCCAGAACACAACGCUGUUAGAGUUCCUUAAUGCGUGCCACCAACAUCUAUUUCUUGGUCUAGAUGUCCAGGAAGAUAAAGAAUCUUCAACAAAAGGUGACCCCGCGAACGCCGAACAGAAACUCCGCCCAGAUCACAUCCGAGAAUGGACAAAUUUCCCACGGGAGCAAGCUAAGAUAUGGAAGGCGCUGAUGGAUGCUGACUUCGUCACCGAGCGCCACUUUACACCUCUGUUGGUGUUGGAGGACAACGGCAAAGACCUACGACAGCGGAGUUUAAGUUCGGAGCUUGACCUAGGAUACUUCGAACGGCAAACAGUUGAGAUGCGUGUUGCGUCAGUCAUUAAACAGCUACACAAGAACACUCCACUUCGCGAAACGUUUCAACUGAAAGGAGACGUUGCAUUCGAAAACCAUGCGAAUACUUUGACGGACGAGAGAAUACUUGUGACAGAUAUGAGCUCUUUGAGUCUGAAGACAGGCCCUCUACGACGAUCUGGACGCAUUGCUGCGAAAUCGGGAGGGACGUCAUCCCUCUCUGCAGCAACCCUCCAAGAAAGUCAUCAGAAGCCCCGGCAACAAAGGCUCGCGCGUCCCAAGGCGGAUCAGUUCUGCGUCUACAACAAAGGGAGCUCCGAGCGGAUACCUGCUUUUAUCGUGGAAUACAAGGCGCCUCACAAGCUUUCUCUGGCGCACAUUAAGGCCGGCCUCAUGGACAUGGACCUUGAUGAUAUAGUCCGACUCCAAGAAAAUGAGACCCCCGAGAUGAUAUGCCGGCGUGUCGUUGCAGCGGUCAUCACCCAGGCAUAUUCGUACAUGGUCACGGGCGGUAUUCCGUUCGGCUACCUUUCAUGA